UAGCAGUCAUGUAACGUUAAUGCAGUGACAGCUUAAGUAUAGUAUUACUGUAAGACUGUGAACUGCUGAGUGUAUCUGAGGAUAUCUCACUGAAUUUCCACACUAGACAGCAUUAAAAACAAACACGUUGAAUGCGAAUAGCACACUAGAGUAGAUUUUAAUCACGUUUUGUGGUCUGAUGCGCUAGGUGGCAGUAAGCACAUCUUUGAAGGGCGAAAUAAUAAUAACAAACCACAGAAAGACGGAAGAGAGCGUCGUAUUAGCACUUGUGUUUACAAGUAAAUGAUACGCGUUUAAUUCGAUCAAACAUGAAUCAGGAGAAAUAUCCGCGAUCAUCCAUCGAGGAUGAUUUUAAUUAUGGCACGAAUGUCGCGACGGCGAGCGUCCACAUCCGGAUGGAUUUCCUCCGCAAGGUCUACACCAUCCUGUCAUUGCAGAUUAUCGUCACCACUGCUGUAUCUGCCCUUUUCAUGCUCUGUAACCCCAUUAAAAACUUUGUGCACGAAAGUCCCUCUCUGGUGUUGAUAUCCGCUAUCGGGUCCCUUAUCCUGCUCCUUGCCUUGGCUGUGUACCGUCACCAGCACCCCAUUAAUCUUUAUUUGCUCUUUGGGUUUACUUUGCUGGAGUCUCUGUCUGUAGCCACUGCGGUGACAUUUUAUGAGUACAACAUAGUGCUCCAGGCCUUUGUGCUCACGUCUGCCGUGUUCCUGGGUCUCACUGCCUACACUUUUCAGUCUAAAAGAGACUUCAGCAAGCUCGGAGCCAGUCUUUUUGCUGGCCUGUGGAUCUUGAUCAUUGCAAGCUUUAUGAGGCUUUUCUUCUACAAUGACACAAUGGAGUUGGUCUUCGCUGGGGCUGGAGCUCUGCUGUUCUGCGGGUUCAUUAUUUUCGAUACUCACCUGCUGAUGCAUAAGCUUUCACCGGAGGAGCAUGUCCUGGCAUCCAUCAACCUGUACCUGGACAUAGUCAACCUGUUCAUCUAUAUCCUGCGCAUCCUCGACUCCAUGAAGAAACACUGAAUGUUGUGAUGCUGCUCUUCUCUUUCAGAGGUGAAUUUUGGGUGCAAUGCUGCGAGUGGUACAAAAAUAAUAUUCUUUAAUUUUGAUAAGACUCCCAUGUGCAAUAAUCAAAUAAAAAUGUGUUAAUUAGUAUCCAAAUUAAGCAUUGUAGAUGACUGCGAGAAAAACUUUGUGGACCACAUAAUAUGAAAUAUUUAUUUGAAUAAAGCCUUCAAAAUGUACUGAAUAUAA